AUGGUUUGGAAGUUUGAUGUGGGACCACCCUGCAGUGUGAAUACCUCGAGCGAGAGGAUCCUCCGUCUGCUCCAAAAUCAGAACGACGGCUUCUCUACACAAACGUGGCGAGUACUUCGUCACAAUGUAAUAGGGAACACCGUCACACUGGCGUUGGAGAUAGGCCCUCUGUCUGCUAACCUGAUUGUCAAGCAUGGCUUCAUGCUGAACUAUAUGCUCGACAAGGCUCGCAUGCGACAGGUUGGCCGAGGAGUGGUCAACUGCCGACGAAAAGAUUCUGUGCCAGGAGCAGCGACGGCACGUGCUCGAAUGGAUCCCCGCAAGAGGAUUCUGCAUCAACCACCAACCAAUAUUCGCACAUCCGCGACGGUUGCGAAGGUUCGAAAGGUUUGCCGAAAGGGAACUCUGCAUCAACCGCCAGCUCGCACAAUUUGGAAUCGCCCGAAAAGCGCCAGAUGUAAUGCGGUCUCCAGUCGACUGCAGCCACCUAAGCCCUCUGAUGUAGAAAAGCAGGCAAAUCAAGAAGGCGUUCACACCCCUGGCAACCAAUUCAUUCAACGCGAUGUCGUCGCUGUCAAACUGGAAGUACCAACAACUACGGAGAAUCAGGACCUGGUCGUGACGUCCGCAUACUUUCCGGAUGACAAGGACGGUAUUCCGCCAUCCGAGGUUAUCGCUCUCGUGCGGUACUGCAGGGCCAUGAACGUGUCGUUCCUGAUCGGCUGCAAUGCCAACGCCCACCACACGAUUUCGGACAGCGCAGAUAUAAAUAACAAGGACAACUUCCAAGUCUUCACUCUCGACACAAUGGAAGAGGACGCCGUUAUUCUGGAGGAAAUCGAAGAUUCACUCGACAUAAUGACUACUGCUAGUAGUCAUCCCGUGUUGAGUAGUUCUACAGAGAUGCCACUCUCCUCUAUAAUUACUCAUCUGAGCAGCAAAGUUGCGGAAAUCCUAACAUCAACCUCGACGUUAUCGAGUAGUUCGGUUUCGGAGUACAAUCUACAAACUACAACGGAUCAUAUAGCUUCUAUAACGCCAACAGUUCCCACCACAUCUGUCGAGGAUCUUCGCUUCUCGAUCUAUGACUACAUAGUCUUUGUCCUGAUGCUGGUACUGUCCACGCUGAUAGGCGUUUAUUUUGGGUUUAUGUCAAAAAUUAAGCAGAACAAUACCAAAGAGUACUUGUUGGGUGGAAAGACAAUGAGUAAAUUCCCUGUUUCAGCAUCGCUGAUUGCAUCGCACGUGUCAGGAAUCACACUACUCGGGGUCCCUUCGGAAAUGUACGCACAUGGGACCCAAUAUGCGAUGUGCCUUAUUUGUGCGUUAACAGUUUUCAUCCUAAUGGAUAGAAUCUACCUUCCGGUGUUCUAUGAUCUGCAGCUAACAUCCGCGUUCACCUAUCUGGAGCGACGGUUCGAUCGAACCGUCCGAUCGGCUGCCAGUUUCGUCUACGCUCUGUCCUGUUUGAUUUACCUGCCGAUCGUGAUCUACGUACCGGCACUGGCGUUCAGUCAAGUGACCGGAAUCAAUCUGCAUCUCAUCACACCCCUGAUAUCGGUUGUGUGCAUUUUCUAUACCACCGUCGGUGGUCUGCGGGCUGUUGUCUGGACCGAUACGCUUCAGUUCAUCCUGAUGGUAGGAGCCACGAUAGUAAUCAUCGUUCUCGGAUUAAUCAGCGUCGGUGGGUUAUCUGAGGUUUGGGCUGCCUCCGAAAGGGGUGGCAGACUAAUAUUCUUUGACAUGAAUCCGGAUCCUUUUGUGAGAACGUCCUUUUGGGCCGUUGGAUUCGGCUUGACAACAAUAUGGGUUGCUCAGCUCGGCGUAAGCCAAGGCUGUGUACAACGAUUUUUGGCAGUUCCCGACUUUCGUGUGGCAAGGAAAUCUCUUACAAUUUUUACUUGUGGUUUGAUAUUUAUCAAAAUCUGUUCAUGUCUAACCGGGCUGAUCAUGUAUGCAAAGUACGAAACGUGUGAUCCGUACACCAUUAAAACAAUAAACAAACUAGAUCAGAUGUUGCCCUAUUUUGUGAUGGAUGUCGGUGCCAAAAUUCCCGGAAUGCCCGGACUUUUUGUUUCAGGAAUAUUUUCGGCUGCUCUUUCGACAAUGUCAUCGGUACUUAACACGCUGGCUGGAACCAUCUACGAAGACUUCAUCCGAGUACGUUAUCCGAAGUCAAGUGAGAAAACGGCGAGCAACGUGAUGAAAUGCUUGGUUAUCUUGCUAGGAGUCGUCGUCAUUGGAUUGGUUUUCGUAGUUGAGAAGCUAGGCCAGGUAAUGCAUAUGGCUAUCUCACUCUCAGGCAUUACUUCCGGAACACUGCUAGGAAUGUUUACAUCCGGAAUGAUAUCCACAGUCAUCAACACGAAGGGAGUGAUCGCUGGCUCUAUAUGCUCGGUGCUAUCUAUCGGUACAAUUCUGGUAGGAGCUCAGAUGAAUCCGAAGCAUCCACCAUUGCCAUUCCGUACCGAUGGUUGCGACGCUAGCCUGCUUCAGAAUGUUACGCUAAUAACACCGGUAUCCUCUCUCGUUCAUGACGAAGUGCCAAGGAUUUUCAAGCUAAGCUUUAUGUAUUAUGCCUUCUUAGGAGUAAUAAUUUAUUUCGUUGUUGCAUAUACUGUUAGUAUACUGACCGGUGGAGGACAGGUAACUGAUCAACGGCUGCUUGCACCGUUUCUUCGAAACCAAAAACAGUACGAAAAAGAACAAGCCAUUCGAAAGCAUAACAUUCAGUACGAGGAAAUCGAUUUGGCUCUUAAGGAACUUCAGAAGGCUACCGAUAUUAAACAGUAG